UUUGUAACGUUACGUUAAAUGUUUGUAUUAAAAAUAAAAGGGAUGCGUAAUUGUCGUGAACGAGAAAAAGGGGAAAGACAGGCUUAGAAAGGCGCGUUCGUGUAUGUCUAAAUGAUGAAUGAGAUUUGUUACUAAUUUGAAAAUUUUUGUAGACGCUUGCGGGAAUGCCUAAUGAACACACUCGCUUCAUCCAUGGUCGGCAAUUGUCAGCAGUGUCAACUCUGUCAAACUGAGGGGCGAUCCUGGCGGACGUGAACGGUGAAACGGAGCGACUGUCACUGAGAGCGUCGGAAUGAGACGGUGCACGUUGCGUGCGGUGUGCAAAGCAGUGGCCGGUCCAAAAUAAGAUUCCGAACGUCCGUCGCGGCGGCGGCUACGUCGGUGACGUCGGUGACGGUUGGUCCGCAGUGUGCUGACUCUCGGAAGAGGGUGCGAUGCCGCGAUAACGCGGGCGGGCUUCGCUUGCGCAAUGAUGUGUUCUCGCGCUCUUCGCGCUCGGCCGCAGUCGCACGUUCUACGCGGAGUCCGCUGAGACAGAACCGGUGGAAAGCAAACGACCGAUUCGUCGGGGCCCCGGAGUGCAGUGCUGCGAUGCCGCUGCGUUUCAGCGGGCCGAGGGUUAACGCGUUGUUGAUGAGGCCCGCGAUCGGUGGGCACGCAAUCUUACGCACGCCGUUGAUUCGGUGAACAGAUAUGGGCAAGCAAAGCGGCUCGUGCUGGUGGUGCCUCAAGGCCGUCAAGUGGUUGCCAGUGAUCUUUAUCUUAACGAUCGUUGCCUGGUCCUAUUAUGCCUACGUAGUGCAAUUGUGCUACUAUACGAUAGAUAAUUAUGUUCAGAAAGUUUUCUAUCUGCUUUUCUUCCACAUUCUGAUUCUGAUGUUUUUGUGGUCAUAUUGGCAAACAAUGUACACAAAUUUAAUACCCGUGCCAGAUAAGUUUAAAAUACCUGAUGUUGAAAUGGAGAAAUUGCAACAGGCUGAAACUGAAGAAACGCAGAGACAAAUUUUGGAAAGAUUUGCACAAGAUCUUCCAGUUACUAAUCGCACCAUAAAAGGAGCUAUGCGAUUUUGUGAGAAGUGUCAGUUAAUAAAGCCUGAUAGGGCACAUCACUGUAGCGUGUGUGGCACUUGUGUCUUAAAAAUGGAUCAUCAUUGUCCAUGGGUGAACAAUUGCGUAGGCUUCCACAAUUAUAAAUUUUUCAUACUGUUUCUGGCAUAUGGACUUCUCUAUUGUUUGUUUCUUACUGCUACAUCUUUGCAAUACUUUAUACAAUUUUGGCAAGGUGAACUAGAUGGAAUGGGUAGAUUUCACCUGCUAUUUCUUUUUUUCGUUGCAUUGAUGUUUGCAGUCAGUCUUAUCUCCCUUUUCUUCUAUCAUUGCUAUCUCGUUAUUCAUAAUAGAUCGACGCUAGAGGCCUUUAGAGCACCUAUGUUUCGGACAGGAAAAGACAAAGAUGGAUUUAGUCUGGGAAAAUACAAUAAUUUUCAGGAAGUAUUCGGUGACAAUCCGCGACUCUGGUUUCUUCCCAUAUUUAGUAGUCUGGGAAAUGGUGUCGUCUACCCAGUAAGAUCGCAACACCAGGGCACACCCAAUACUUAUGACUCCAUGGGCAGUACUCAGAACAGCACUGCUGUGAUAGGUCCUUCUGUUGAUGUCGACCAACCACUAAUGGAUGUCACAGAAUCUGUCUGAAUAACACCGACAAAUCUGUACGCCUUCCCAAUUGUAAUUUUGCUUUAUGGUAAUCCAGACGAUUGUAAUCCAGAAUAUAAAUUUAUAUUUGGUGUUUUCUUAUGUUUUAAUUCUCGGCGUUGUGCGUUUAAGGCUAUUUUAUAUAGAUACUAUUAUUGUAAAGGAAAUUUACACUGAAUUAUUAUUGCAGUCAACGCAAAUAUUUUUGACAUAGC